AUGAAUCUCCGUCGAUUAGCCGCCUCCGUCUUCGUGGGCGUAUUGGGCCUUGCGUCCACCACCCCUCGCGUCCAAGUGCAGGCUCAGGAAUGCACAGCAAAAGACAACACUUUCGGAUUCCUCGUGGAUAAGCUACCGACCGCCUACGGACUCAACACUUGCGUGGCCAACAAUGUCGGAACGAUUGCUCUAGCGGUUGCUAGCACUAUCUUCAGUAGCUGCGGAAUGUUGGACGUCUACGAUGUGGUCAAGAACGAUGACCUGAAGAACCUCUUCACACUGUUCAAGGACAUCGCUGCGAAGCCUGCCGACAUUUCCCCUAUCGUCUAUAACUACAUGGCCAACGCCAACGACGACUCGGUGGACAACCUGUGUGACGCCUUCAGCGACGCCCUCGGACCGUGUGGUCAAAAGGUGCUCCCGAAACUCAUCCCCGCCUUCCAGAAGGACAACGUGUGCUGCGGCCAGAUCAGCAACCUCAUCGACCUGCUCAACAUCGUCGUGCCGCCCGACAAAAACCAAAUGUUCUUUAUCCUCAACGAGCUCAUCGACGGCUUCAACAGGUUCCUGUGCUCUAAGAAGGGCGAUGACUCUUGCGGCCUGGAUAUGUUCCAGCAGUUGACGAAGAUGUACACGGUCGAGACGUUCGACUUCUUUGAUGACCUGGUGUUCCCGUUCAUGACUAUCGGUCAGGGCGAGGAGUGCUCGGGCCUUUCGGGCAACCCGUACAAGAACACCGCGUCGCAGUCGCCCGGGAAGACCAUCAACUUCGGCUGCUGUGUCCACCAGAUGCGGCCGCUCAUUCAGACCAUUCAGAGUGCUGUCAAGAACGUGGUGAGUGACGAAACUUGGGACAUCCUGAGUGGAAUGGUGGCGUUCAAGAACCCGAAGGGAGGCUUCGUUGACACUCUCACAGGAACCAAGACUUGCGAGUUUGACGGUGAUUCUUGCGAAGACCCGAAGGGUAUCACUGACGACGUUGAGAUGACGCGGGAGCCUGGUUCGAAGAACCCCGGCAAGAACGACCUCAUUGACACGGAUUGCACCUUGGAGGACAAGUGCAGCGGAGACAAGUCGGUGUGCAGCGAAGUGUGCAAGAGAGGCUCUGUCGCCGUCCCCGAGUGGCUCAAGUCUACUCUGGCGUAUCAGCGCAACUUGGCCAACAGCGGUCCGUUCUGCUACGCGCAGAUCCCAGCCUCCCACAACAGUGCUAUCACUCUCGCGGACGGCUUCGGCAACCGCGACCAGCUCUUCAACAAGAACCUCAACCCGGACAAGUGGUAUUCGUACCUCAAGACCAACAACCAGGUGCUGAGUAUGACGGACCAGCUCGACAUUGGUAUCCGCUUCCUCGAGGUUGACACCCACUUCUUCCUGAAUGACCUUCACACUGGACACUGCGGUAACCUUGGCUCGGACGCUGUUGCGGGAUUCUUCGGUGCGAUUGGUAAGACGCUUGGCAACUACGGCACGUACAACUGGGGUCCGGAGCUGUUGGGCUGCUUCCCUUCGAUCUCUGGAAUUAAGGCCUCGGAACAACCACUGACAAAGGACUCGCUGGAUGAGAUUAUGGCCUGGCUCAACGCCAACCCCACCGAGUUCGUGGUCGUCUACUUGGACACCGGUUCGGAUAUUAAGCGGACGGACAAGUUCGGCGCUAUCGACACACUAUUCACCGACACAUUCGGAGACCUGCUCGUCCCGCUGACGGCGUUGGAUGAUCUGGCCAAGGGCAAGUGGACGGGCGGCAGCAUCAACGAGUUCAUCAACGCUGGCCACCAAGUCUUGGCUCUCACCAACACCAAGACGAAGGUUGCCUACAGCCUGUACGAUAUGUGCACGAAAGAAAAGAAGCUCACGGUUGAAUUUAUUGAUGAUCUGCCUGACGCUAAGCGCCAGAUCAACGGGAUCACGAUCUACAGCGAGACGAACUGGAUCCGCUCAUGGUCGGAGCAGCUGCGCUACAUCUCGCUCGCAGCCACGGGCGCUCUUACCAACAAGUUCCCGGUGUUCUUGGACGCAGAGAGUAUCCCCAAUUACCUGCGGUGGAACCUGAACCUCAUCGCUCUCGACAACGCCGACGUCGCCAAGAUGGCGGCUCAGGUCUGGUCGUGGGCGGAGAACGAGCCCAGCACCACCGCGGCUGGCGCGUACGUGCUUAUGGACAAGGACGGCCGGUGGGUAGCUAGCACAAAGGCCAAGAAGGGCACCCGCGCGUGUUGGGACAAAGCCAAACUGGCGUGGUCCAUCGUAAACUUCGCUAAGGACUGUCCCGCUGGAACGACCUUUACGGCUCCGACGGACCCGUACCAGAACUACCUGCUGCACGAGGCGCUCGUCGCCCGGAAGAUCGUGGGCACGUCGCUAGUUAUCAACGCCACCUUGACCGCGGUAGGCGCGCCCACCCCCGUGCCGUCGGAGGUUGCGGUCAUUACGGAUGAUGGCCCUGCACCUGCUCCUGCUGCUAAUAGUACUGCCGGCAGCGCUGCCACGGCAAGUACUGCUGCAAGUGCUGCAGAGACCAUAGAGGAUACGAAACCCGAUACUUCGUUGUGUAGAUCGCCAGGAGCUUGCGGUCCGAGGUAG